UUCUUUUCGAGCAUCAACAACUGCCGUCAAGAUGAUGUCGACCAUCGACGAGACGGACGAGCCCUCACUGACAUUCUCCGAAUUAAAUCAACAAGACGACGAUAGUUUGUUUUACGAGUCGAGAUUUCUAGAAGAUUUCCAACCCGUUUCGUUACUCGGCCGGGGCGCUUUCGGCCGGGUCUUUGAGGCCCGUAAACUCAUCGAUCAGAAACACUACGCCGUCAAGCGGAUCAAACUGCCUUCCAAUAAGGAGGCCAGAGCCAAAGUCAUGCGAGAAGUCACCGUUUUGGCGGAAUUGAAUCACCGCAACAUUGUCCGUUACUUUCACGCCUGGCGGGAAUUCCCUCCGUCCGGAUGGCAGGAAGUGCAGGACGCCACUCAACUGGCCAAACUGUCGCCAUCCCAUCAGCAAUCGAACGGCCAUUACAGUGAAAGCGAAUUCAGUCAGACGACGAUAACAACCACUAAAAUGUCUAGCACACUGAAAUCUCCGGCCCCUUCGUUCGCUUCCAUCUUCGGCGACUUGAGACCGAACAGGAACAGCAGCAGCAAUUCCUCUUCGCUGGCCAUCGAGCUGGCCACACCCAACAGCACACUGUCCAGGAACUACGACAAGUACCUGUACAUCCAGAUGGAACUGUGCCGCAAAGAAAGUCUGGCCCAGUGGCUGGAGACUCGACAACCCGCACAAGACAUUGACCAAAUGUACCGCCAAAUUCUCCAGGCCGUCGCCCACCUCCACUUUAAAGGAUUGAUCCACCGCGAUCUGAAACCGUCAAACAUUUUCUUUGCCAUGGACGGGACCAUCAAAGUCGGCGAUUUGGGACUAGUCAAGGACAUGGUGGCCGAAGGAAACGGCUGGAAUAGCCAAGGAUUGCAGUCGGUGAAUUUGGUCCCAGCAGCACCUCAACAGCAGCAAUCGCCUUGCAAAAACCACACGGAUCAAAUUGGCACUCGGCUCUACAUGAGUCCCGAGCAAGUGGCGUCCAAGCCCUACAACCACAAGGUCGACGUGUACGCCCUGGCCGUCAUCCUCUUUGAAUUGCUCGUUAAAUUUAACACGGGCAGCGAACGAGCUCACGUCAUCCCCGAAUUGAAAUUACUCCGCUUCCCGCCAACUUUCAAAAAAGACCACGGCGCCCCAGUGGAGCAAUUGCUGACUGAAAUGCUCGCAGUUAAUCCAGACAGACGGCCGGAAGUCAAAGACAUCCUCGAGCAUUCCUGGAUCAGCCCCAAGGCGGAGUCGACAAUCGACAAGGAUUCGACCAAAGCCAAAAUCAAAUCACCAAACAAAAAGGAAUCGUCCAGUAGUUCACUGGCAAAGAGAAAGUAUUACAAAUUGCUGGUGAUUGGCGACCAGAACACGGGCAAAACGUCCAUCAUCCAUCGCUACGUUCACGGAAGCUUCCGGGACAAGUACGAGGUGACAGUCGGUGCGGGAAUCAAUUUCAAGGAAAUCGCCUGGAACAACACGGACCACCUGACAUUAGAAUUCUUCGAUAUCGGAGGAGAAGAGAGAAGCCGAUUCAUGACGAGCGCCUUUUACAGGAAGGCCGUCGGGGCUUUUGUCGUGACGGAUGUGACUCAACCCAACGGAUUCCAGGCGGCCACAUUGUGGAAGAAAGACCUGGACAUGAAGCUGCGGAUGCACGACGACACUCUCCUGCCCUGCGUCCUUUUAAUCAACAAGUGUGACGGAGCGACGGCAGAUCAGAAACAUUCCAGCAACGAAUUGGAUCCAGCUCAAGUGGAUCGAUUCUGCCGCCACCAGAAAUUCAGCGGCUGGUUCGACACUUCGGCCAAAAACGACAUCAACAUCGACGAGGCCGUUCAAUUCCUCGUCGGCAAAGUGCUGGCCGGAGAGACGAGCCAGGAAGAAGGAAAAGACGAUCAAGAUCCGCCCAAAAAGUUGUUGGACGACAACAUUUCCCUGUCCAGCGAAAAGAAUAACCACAAGAAACAGAAAAGUUGGUGUUGAAAUGUACUCAAAUUGGUAGCGCUGCUGAUGUAUAGAAUGUAUUUUGUCAAGAUAAUAAUUGGACGCGCCAAUAACUCAAUUUUUCGAAAUAAAAAAGGAGAAACUG